CAAGUCCACUCUGUCGGUCCUCAGUUGGUCUGAAUUCUGAAUCCUCCUCCCUCCCUCCACCGUUGCUCAUCAUUCAUAGUUGCAUAGAGAGAGAGGGAGAGAGAAGAUGGAUGAUGCAGAUGUUUCGAAUCAAAUACAGCAGAUGGUGUGCUUCAUUUGCCAGGAGGCUGAGGAGAAGGCCAACGAGAUCUCUCUCUCUGCUGAAGAAGAAUUUAAAAUUGAGAAGCUGCAACUAGUUGAAGUGGAGAAAAGAAAAAUUAGACAUGAAUAUGAACGGAAGGAAAAGCAGGUUGAAAUUAAGAAAAAAAUUGAGUAUUCAAUGCAAUUGAAUUCUUCGCGUCUAAAAAUUCUGCAAGCUCAGGAUGAUCUGAUUAACUCUAUGAAGGAGGCAGUGGGUAAAGAGCUCGUGCACGUUAGCCACAAUCACCAUGUUUAUAGAAAGCUUAUGAAAGAAUUGAUUGUUCAGAGCUUGCUGCGACUGAGAGAGUCUGCCGUGCUCCUACGAUGCCGCAAGGCAGAUCAUGGUUUUAUUGAGUCUGUUUUGCAUUUAGCAAAGCAAGAGUAUGCCGAGAAAGCGAAUGUACACCCUCCUGAAAUUAUAGUUGAUCAUCAGGUUUAUCUGCCACCUGCACCAAGCCAUCACCACAUGACUGGGCCUUCCUGCUCUGGAGGUUUGGUGCUAGCAUCUCGAGAUGGAAAAAUUGUGUGAAAACACACUCGAUGCUAGGCUGGAUGUAGUUUUCCGACAGAAGUUGCCUGAGAUCCGCAAGCGUUUAUUAGGCAAGACUGUUGUGUAGUCCUCCACCUUAAUUCUGCUAUAGUUUGUUUGAACUGCAGAAUAUUGUAUCAUCGAACUUGGCCCUUGUGAAAGCCUGGCCUCUAUUCUUUCCUGUUUUGUUUGUUUCUUUCAUUUUUUUUUUCCUUUUACAUUUUUUUCUGAAAAAUCCCAUUAUUUGGGAGCACCCCCUUAUUCAUUUGAAACUCUCCAUGAUUUCUCUCAUGUAGUGUUUUGGUGGAUUUGAACAAAAUUUGAGUGUUUAUUAGAAAACCAAAGGGGCAGUAUGGUUUCAUCA